AUGGAUGAACAUGGCGUCACAAUUUCCUUUCCUCCCAACUCUGAUUCCUCCAUGAAACACACUCCUCAUACCACCAUUCACUCUUCCUCUCACCAACAACAACCACCUUCUACCAUUGACCCACGACAACCGGUAACUCCACCAUCAAAGAGGUCACGUGGAAGGCCUUUAGGCUCUAAGAACAAGCCAAAAUUUUCCCUUAUGUUCAACCCAGACACUGACCAAGAGAUGAAACCUAUCAUCAUUGAGGUUCCUAUAGGCUUUGAUGUGGUUGGUGCUGUGAUCCAAUAUGCCCAGCGCCACCAAGUAAACAUCACGGUGUUAAGUGCUUCAGGAAUUGUUUCCAAUGUUACUCUUUGUCAUUCUUUCUCAAAUACUCCUGCUUUUACUCUUCAUGGACCUUUCACUUUGAUGUCCCUCACUGGCACCUACAUGAAUAAUACCUCUAUUGGUGAUUCUUCAUUUUCAUCAUCUUCUUCAGAUCCUAACCCUCUUUGUUCUUUUAAGAUUUCACUUUCAGAGAGUUCAGGUCAAAACUUUAUUGGGAUUGUUGGGGGCAAGGUUGUGGCCGCCAAUGAAGUUAUUGUUGUGGCUACUAUUUUCAAGAAUCCUGAGAUUCACAAGGCCAAGGUUACUAACAACAGUGAUGAAGGGAAUAACAGUAACAAUAACUCUAAUGCUGAUAAUCAAGGUGGCCAUGAGAACUUGUUUGGGUUCGAUGUUGCAAAUUAUUGA